UCUCUCUCUCUCUCUCUCCCAUCCUCCCCUGUUAUCCAUGAUGUAUUCUGAGGGGUUUCUCCUCCUCCCCCUUGUGCAGCUAGAAAACGCUGAAUGAGUGUAAGAGGAGAGAGAGACUGAGAAAGGAAGACAGCCACUUUCUCAACAUAUCCUCAUCCUAGGAUGGAGGAAAAGACUCGCCAUCGUGGAACAAGCCUCUUGAAGGAUUAUUGAUAUCACUUUUCGGCAUGAAACAAUAAAACAAUUACAGCGCUGUUUUUUUUUUUCUUUUUUCUGUUUUUUGCUGGGUUUGGCUUGUUGAUGAACCUCCAUCUGACCCUGCACACGUACACACAGCUAACCCUCUAUCAGCCUGUGAAUUGGGGUGAUUUAAAGAUAACAAGUUGACUUGUGAGGUCUGUUAGCCACAAACCUUUAGCCUGGCUGUGGGUGUGCGGGGCAGAUCUCCGUGCAACACCUCCUGACUUCAGCAGCCAGCAACAUGACUGUGUAACAGAGACCAUGUUUGGACUAAAAGCACCUCUCUACUACCUACCAGGCAUGAGCCAUGAGCCAAAGUUACCAUCGUUAGGCAUGAUUUCCACAGCGACCCGCACCACGGCGACAGUCAAUCCUCUCACCCCAUCUCCCCUCAACAGUUCUAUUGUGCCCAAUGGCAGUCCUGCAUCUCAGUCCGCCCACUCGGGAUUUGCCGCCGCUCUCCGCAAGCUGGCCAAGCAAGCAGAGGAACCCAGAGGAUCUUCCAUAAGCAGCGAAUCAUCUCCGGUCUCAUCUCCGGCCACUAACCACAACUCCCCAGUCAGUACGCCCAAGCGAGGCCCCAUGGGUCCAGUUAUAGUGCCUUCUGGGGGCCACAGCGUACCCAGUACCCCACCUGUUGUCACCAUAGCACCCACCAAAUCCGUCAACUGCCUUUGGAGGAGCGAGAGCCGACCUGUACGAGAGGCUGAGUCAGGUCCUCGCGGCGUUAGCCGGGAUAGGUUAAGUUCAGAAGCUUCUUCUACCCAAGAGAAAGGGGGUCCCACUGUCCCGGGCCACCUAAUUGGAAACCCUUACGCAUUUGGCUUGACACCCGUGUCAGUAAUGCAGGACUCGCGCUUUCAGCCUCUUAACCUGCCCCGUCAGAUGCCCCAUGCCAUGCCUCCGGCCAGUGUUCCUGAAGAAUAUCUGAGGGGGUUUCGACCUUACGCCACAGCUGAGGAGCUUCACAUGCCCUCUUUACCCCUGGGGCUUGAUCCUGCCACUGCUGCAGCUGCUGCUGCCUACUACCACCCUGGAUAUCUGCCCCAUCCCUCCUUCUCCCACUACAGAAUGGAUGAUCCAUUCUGUCUGUCAGCGCUGAGGACGCCGUUCUAUCCACUGCCUACAGGGGGUUCUCUACCUCCUCUUCACCCGUCUGCUGUACACAUGCACCUGCCUGGGGUGCGUUACCCUGGAGACCUAAGCCACCCCUCACUGUCCAGCCUACAGUCCGAACGCUUGUCAGAGAGACUCCAGAUGGAGGAUGAGCUGCGACAGAGAGAAAGAGAGCGUGAGCGGGAAAAAGAACGAGAACGAGAGGCUGACCAAGAAAUAGAGCGUGAGCGAGAAAGGGAGAGAGAGAAGGAGCUGGAGCGUGAGAGAGAGAGGGAGAGAGAAAGGGAAAAGGAGAGAGACCGUGAAAGAGAGAUGGAGCGACAGAAGGAGAGGUCAGCACGAGAGAAAGAGAGCCACUAUCUGGCUGAGCUCCAUGGGCUGAGAGUCCCCCCAGAUGACAGAGCCAAACCUGCAGACAAAAUCACUACGAACAGACCUGAUAAAACCAAAGAGACCAUCCUUACAACCCCUAAACCAAUCCAGCCUGGACUUCACCAUUCUCUAAACUCCACACAUCACCCCGUGCCCAGCCUUGUCUCUGCUCAUGGCAUGUAUCUGGGCCCUGGAGGGGCGGGACCUGCAAGUCUGACAGCGGCCGCCAUGCUACAGCGCACAAAUGAGGAAGAGCGCUGGUUGGCCCGGCAACGGAAGCUAAGGCAAGAGAAAGAGGACAGGCAGUACCAGGUUUCAGAGUUCCGUCAGCAGGUCCUAGAGCAACACCUGGACGUGGGCAGACAGGGGGAAAUUGCAGACCUGCAUAUAGAGGGACAUAGACCUAUAUUAAACCAUCAUGAGCCCAACAGCAGAGAUCGUGAGAGAAACCGAGAUGCCCAUCCUCUACUGGGAGCUCCGCCUCCUCUCAUCUCCCCAAAACACCAGAACAAAGACCAUGCUCUUCCACCACCAACCACACUUUGGAACCCCGCAUCACUCAUUGAGACCUCCACAGACUCUAGGCGCAGCUUGCAUGAGCCCCAGAGUCUGGGUCACUAUGAUGUUAGUCGGGUUUCCCUACCGCACUCCAAACAUGAACACCAUUACAACUCUGAAAAGCUGGAAGAGGGAUCUAGAAAAAGGGACAGUUUGGAUAAAUAUCCUACCAUCCAGCCAAGUGGGUUCUCUGAGUCCAACACUUUCCUAGUGGAGCUUGAAAAAUCCACCUAUAGCUUCCUGAAUCAGCAGAGGGCACCACUGAGUAAGUCAGGGCCAUAUGGAGAGCUGAGUGCAGGCCUGAAGUCCAGCGGGUGUUUUAAGAGAAUCCAGGGGCAUUCACGUCUUGCAACAGAUGCCUUGUUAGUGUAUGAUGACUUCCUACAGCAGAACAGACAAGCUGUCAGCAAACUUGACUUGGAGGAGAAAAGACGAAGAGAAGCCAGAGAGAAAGGUUAUUACUAUGAGCUGGACGACUCUUAUGAUGAGAGUGACGAGGAAGAGGUGCGAGCUUAUCUCAGGAGGGUCACAGAACAGCCACCACUCAAACUAGAUGAUUCUGCAGAGAAGGUGGAGUUUCUACAGAUGUUUGACUUGACGACUUUGGCCCGUCGGGAUGAGAUGAUGGAGGUGAAGAGGAGGAAGAGGAGGCACAUGCUGAGAGAGAGGAGUCGUUCCCCACCAGGUGUUCAGACCAAGCGGACUACUCCUGCCCCCCUAAUAACCCACUUCACCCCAGAGGACAUGAACAACAGCCCUGAGCUAGAGGAAAAGAAACGCUUCCUCACCAUCUUCAGCCUCAACCACGUCACUCAGCAGCAGAGAAAAGAUAAUGAGAGGGUUGAUGAGUUGUUGAAGGCCAUAAAACAAAAGAGCUUGACUCUAGACAGCAUCAGACACAGCCCUCACCCUCUGUGCAGGAGCCCUGCAGCCCUAUGCUCGGACCUGUCAUCUCAGUCUCCAGAACUGCUGAAUGGACACCCCCCCAGUCCCUCCCCCUCUGUAUCUGUGCCUCAACCCCAAGUGGAACCCCUCUCUCACUUGGAUCUGCACAGAUCUCUCUCAGAUCCCUUAAGACUGAAAGACUCUUCCUUGCCUGCUGCAUUACCGGACAAAUGUCGAGCCAAAGACAGCAUCCCAGGCAAGAGCUCUGAUCUGCUGAACAGUGUGCGACAGCCCCCAUUCACUAAAGAAAGUUCUGUUAAUGUCAACGGAAAGACCAAACCAUGGGAGAAUUUCAUUGCUGAGGAGUUUGCCCAGCAGUUCCAUGAAUCAGUACUGCAGUCCACCCAAAAAGCCCUGCAGAAGAGUAAAGGUGGUGCCUUGGUCAUGUCAGAACAGAACAACGCAGUAGAUUCAUCUGUGCAUUAUAAUAUUCCUGAGCUCCAGAGCACACCAGGCCGGUCCAAACCCCACCCACACCCUCCUUCAUUGCAGCCCAAUGGACAGCACUGCCCCCCACAGCCUUCCCGCCAGGAGUCUGAGGAAAAGGUUGAGGAUGAGGGAGAUGACACAGAGGAGGACGAGCCCACUACAUCUGGUUGGCAGGGCAUUGAAGCCAUCUUUGAAGCUUAUCAAGAGUAUGCAGAAGAGCAAAGCAUUGAGCAACAAGUUCUCCAAAGUCAGUGCAGACGGCUGGAAGUGCAUCACUAUAAUCUCAGUCUAACUGCUGAACAGCUCUCACACUCAAUGGGGGAGCUGAUGUCUCUGAAGCAGAAGCUUUCGGCUGAGAGUGAGAACCUACAGGCAGAGCUGGAGCACUUUAAGAAGUGCCUGAUGCUGCCACAGAGCCUCUGGUCUAGGAGUCAUUUCAAGGGCUAUCCACCCAGCUAACACUCUACGGCACCAUCGACCACCCAGUCAGACAACCUUCCACAUCCCUUACAAACCCCCAAACUCAGACACAUGUUCAGGCCACUCCGAGAGCCUGGACAGUGAUGGUGAGGAAUAGAAGAUCUGGCCCCAGAAUUCCACAUUCUGUGGGCUAAAUCACGCAUCAACACAUGUCAAAGCCUCUGAAUGCCUCCAACUCGCAGGGACAGCCAUACUGCAUCAUAGAGAAAGAAGAAUGCCAGUCGAAAUACAGCUUAGCCCAUCUGUCAUCUCUUUACCAUGGAGGUCAUGCCUAGAAAUGCACUUAAAGAAAAAAAACCUGAAUAACUAUCUGGAGGUACUGUUAUGACAGACUACUCUUUAUGAUCUAGGGAAGGAAAAAAGAAAACAUCAAAUAAAUAAAAGAAAAUGUUUUAUUUCAAGAUUUAGAAUAAAGAUUUUUUUUAAAGAGGUGCUUCAGCAUUGUAUUGUAAAUAAUUUCAAAACAACAGAAAAAUAAUUUUGUAUGUUUUUAAUUCUUUGAAAAAAAAAAAAAGCCUGCCAUUUUUUUUUAAUAUAUUAAUGCUUUUGGGUGUUCGAAGGUUUACUUUUAGUGUUUGCUCUGCUGCUGGUCAGAAUAUGCCUUUCAGGACUUUGUGGAGUGAUAAUAUCACUUCCUUUUUACCUGAACUAAAGUAGGCCCCAGGAAGUAUGCCAACG